UACAUACAUGUUCAAUGUUCAGUGUUUAACCUGCGUGGUUUAGUUUGUGUGAAUCCUGUGUCCGGAGAGACGUCUCAAUGGUGGUGCUGAACAAGGGUGAUUAUGUCUGGGUGGACUCCUGGAUCGGGGUCCCUAUCGGGGCUCGGGUUAAGGUGUUGGACGGCAAGCAGGUGCAUCUGCUGGAUGAUGAGGGAAAGGAGCGGUGCGUGUCAGAGAGCGAGCAGGCGUCUCUCAGACUCAUGCACCCCACGUCGGUGGAGGGAGUGGACGAUAUGAUCAAACUGGGUGAUCUGACCGAGGCCGGCGUGCUCAGGAACUUGCUGAUCCGACACAAGCAGGACAUCAUCUACACGUACAUCGGCUCUGUGCUGGUGGCCGUGAACCCGUACCAGCUGCUGCCCAUCUACACUGCGGACCAGGUGCGUCUGUACCACGGGCGUCAUCUGGGCGAACUGCCCCCCCACGUCUUCGCCAUCGCAGACUGCUGCUAUUACAACAUGCAACGAAACCAGUGUAACCAGUGCUGCAUCAUCAGUGGGGAGUCGGGAGCAGGAAAGACGGAAAGUACGAAGCUGAUCCUGCAGUUUCUGGCAGCGGUGAGCGGUCAGCACUCGUGGAUCGAGCAGCAGAUUCUGCAGGCAAACCCUGUGCUGGAAGCUUUUGGAAACGCCAAAACUACGCGUAACGACAACUCGAGCCGCUUCGGGAAGUACAUCGAGAUCAUCUUUAAUACGGACGGUGUGAUUGAAGGAGCUCAGAUGGAGCAGUACCUGCUGGAGAAAUCUCGCGUCUGCCAUCAGGCCCCAAUGGAGAGGAACUACCACAUUUUCUACUGCCUUCUGUCAGGGAUGCCCAAAGAGCAUAAAAAAGUCCUUUCUCUCGGCGAUGCGGCACAGUUCAACUAUCUCACUGAGGGAAGCUGCAUCACAUGCGACGGACGGGACGAUACGGAGGACUUCGGCCGCAUCCGUACGGCCCUCAAAGUCCUCACCUUCUCCGACAAGGAAUGCUGGGAUAUAUUUAAAUUACUGGCGGCCAUUCUUCACCUGGGCAACGUCAAAUUUGAAGGUGAGUCACGGCGCCGUUUCGAGACGUUUUAUCAAUUUAUCGGUGGUUUAAAAUGGCGGCGUGUUUACCGUUGUGGUGUUUUUGCUUCUCUUGUAGGUGGCACGUUGAAUAACAUGGACUCGUGUGAAAUUUUAUCAUCGGACCACUUCACUGUCGCUGCCAAUCUGCUAGAGGUUACUAAAGCACAUCUGGAAGUGAGUUUGACCUCUCGCACUUUUAUGACCAAACAAGAGCAAGUGACGAAACCUCUAAGUUCAGAACAGGCUCUGGACUGCAGGGACGUUCUGGCCAAGGCUGUUUACACCAAACUAUUUAUAUGGAUUUUUGGGAAAAUAAACAGCGCCAUCCAUAAACAGCAGACGAGCAGCUCCUACACGCGGAAGUCCAUCGGUCUGCUGGAUAUAUUCGGCUUCGAGAAUUUCCAAGUCAACAGUUUUGAGCAGCUGUGCAUUAACUACGCUAACGAGCAGCUGCAGCAGUUCUUCGUGGAGCAGAUCUUCAAGCAGGAGCAGGAGGAAUACCUCAAAGAGGGCGUCACAUGGAAGAACAUCUCCUUCACCGAUAACCAGCAAACGCUUGACCUGCUGGCUUUAAAGCCGCUCAACCUGCUGUCUCUGAUCGACGAGGAGACCCACUUCCCCAAGGGCACAGACACGACCAUGUUGGAGAAAAUGAAGAAAACACACCAACGUAGCAAGAUCUACAUCUCACCCAAGACCAUCCACACCCUGCAGUUCGGAGUUAGACAUUUUGCUGGCAUCGUCUUCUAUGACUGCAAAGGGUUUCUGGAGAAGAACCGGGAUGUGUUGAAUUUGGAUAUCCUCGCGCUGAUCCAGAAAUCCUCCAGCAAGCUGCUCAAGCAGAUCUUUGAGAAGGAGCUGAAUGCCUGCCGAGCCGUACCCGUUAACAACAACAACAACAAUCACCGCAGGAUCAUCAUCACGCAGAAGAAACCCACACGGCCGUUACAGCAGGGGAACGAGCAGCGGAGACCGAUUUCCACGCUGAGCGGGCAAUUCAGACAGUCGCUGGACACUCUGAUGAAGGCCCUGUCUCUGUGUCAGCCUUUCUUCAUCCGCUGCUUCAAACCCAACGACAACAAGCUCUCCAUGGUGUUCGAUCGGGACCUGUGCAUGCAACAGCUGCGUUAUUCCGGCGUCCUGGAGACCAUCAAAGUCCGUAAGCUGGGAUAUCCGAUCCAGCACAAGUUCAAAGAGUUCCUGGGACGUUAUCGAGUUUUACUGAAGACCACUGACUGCGACCCCAGCAAGGAAACUGCAUCUAACUGCUGUAACGCUAUCUGCAGAGCUGUCAUUAAAUGCCAAGAUGACUGGAGGAUCGGCAAGACCAAGAUCUUUCUCAAGGAUCAUCACGACUCGUUUCUGGAGCUGGAGAGAGAGCGGGAGCUCAAUAGGAAAGCACUCAUCAUCCAGAGAGUGAUGCUCGCCCACAAAGACAGGAAGAAUUUCAUUAGGAAAAGAAGUGCAGCUGUGACUGUGCAGAAAAAUUGGCGCUCUUACAGAGACCGGAAAGAGUUUAUUAAACUGCGUCAGGGAUUGGUGCGUCUCCAGGCAGUGGUGCACGCAAGGCAGGGCUUCCUGCAGUAUCAACGCAAACAAGCCGCCGCAGUCACACUGCAGAACCACACACGCCGCUACCUCGCCAGGAAAGACCUGAAACGCAAACGAGAUGCUGCCGUACUGCUGCAGGCCCAAACCAGAGGCCUGCUCGCCAGAAAACAACUCAAAUGUCUUAAAGAUGAGGCAUUCUCGUCGGCCCAGGAGCGUCAGGAACGGGAGCUCGCGGCGCGGGAGCUCGCAGCGCGGGAGCUCGCAGCGCAGGAGCUCGCGGCGCUGGAGCUCCGGCGCAGGCUCAACGAGACCGUUAGCCAAACAAGUGAGACUCAAGAUAAACAAAAGGAGGACAAGCAUGAUGAGAAAGUAGUGGAAGACAUGUUUGGAUUCCUUACAAACUCCACAGAAAGUCAGAAGGAGCCGAGGCUAAGGCGCACACAGGAAGAACAAACCGUGGAACUGAAGAAGAAUAAAGAGGUAGAGAAACCCGUGCAGAUUGUAGUAAAAACAGCUUUAAAUGACAUCAUACCUGAAGAAGAGGAAGAAAAGGAAGAAGAGGAAGAAGAGGAUGAGGAUGACGACGAGUUUGCGUUUGAAAAGUUCUCUGCCAUGCAUUUCCAGCGCUCUGCUACUCACACACACAUCCAGCAGAGACUGAAGCAGCCGCUGCUCUACCACGAGGACGAAGGAGACACGCUGGCCUGUCUAACUGUUUGGUGGAUCAUCUUGAGAUUCAUGGGUGAUAUACCUGAGCUGAGGCAGGCUCGUCAGUCUCUAACCCCCGACCUCAUCCAGCAGCACCUGGGCCAGCACCUGGGCCAGCGCCAGGGCCGGCGUCUCAGUAGCCUCGUUGGUUUGGAUCAGAAAAUCCUGCGUAAAAAACAAAAACAGAACAAACUCAGCAACAAUAAGAGGAAACACUCCGCCAUUAUAGAGGAGAUGGAAGACAUGCACGAAGAGGGUGAUGUUCUGAUCGGAGAAGGACCCAGUUUGGAUCGUCCCAUGACCUCCUUGGAGAAAUUGCAGAUCAUUGUAGGAUAUGCCUUACGCAGACCUAACAUUCGAGAUGAGAUCUACUGUCAGAUCUGUAAGCAGCUGACGAAGAAUAAGAACCAGAAGAGCUGUAAGCAAGGCUGGCUGCUUCUCUCCAUCUGUCUCGGGAUUUUCCCUCCAACUGAGCUCCUGAUUCGAUACCUGGAGUAUUUUAUUCAUCGUGGACCUGCUGAGUUCUCCGCUUCCUGUGCCGAUCGCCUCCAGAGAACACUGACUAACGGCGAGAGAAAGGAAGUGCCAUGCUGGACCGAGCUACACGCCAUGGAGAUGAAGAAGCCCAUUAAAGUGGAGGUAACCCUGAUGGACGGGCGUGUCCUCACUCUGCCCGUGGACUCUUCCAGCACUUCUUCAGAGCUCUGCAGCGCCAUCGCACAGAAAAUCAAUCUGAAAGACACAUUCGGAUUCUCGCUCUACAUGACCUACCAAGACAAGAACUGGUCUCUAGGCAGCAGCAGGCAUCACGUGCUGGACGCCAUCUCUCUAUGUGAGCAGGAGGAGAGGAGGCAGGGACAAGAGGAGAAGGGAGCUCAGUGGCACCUCUCUUUCAAGAAAGAGCUCUUCACUCCGUGGCAUGACUGCACUGUUGACCCCAUCAGCACAGAGCUCAUUUACACGCAGAUCAUCCAUGACCUCAAGUCUGGAGACUAUCACUGUGAUAAGGAGGACGACUACGUGCAGAUCGCAGCAAAGCACUAUUACAUCAAGUACGGCAGGGAGAGCAGCAGGGAGAAGGCUGUAAGUAUCGUGUGGGAGUGUCUGAGCCUCCAUCUGAUCGAGAACAAGUCAGAGAUCAAGUUGGUGCAGCUGGUCAGCUCCGCCCACCAACAGGGCUCGUAUAUAAACUCCGGGGUGAGUCCCGAUAGUGUGAAAGCAGAAGUGGUCGGGUACGCCCGUCUCAACUGGCCCAUCUACUUCUCUAAAUUUUACGAGGCCUCCAUGAUUUCAGGUCCUAAUUUCAAUGAAGAAAAGCUAGUGGUGGCUGUUAACUGGUACGGCGUCUCGUUUCAGGAAGGAAAAGAGAAAAUGUACCUGAAGCUCUCUUAUCCCGAGGUGACCGGGGUCAAAAUAGUCAGUGAGGGUCGGAUGAGUGAGGUGGUGCAUCUCUCCACGCUGAGAGGCGAGUAUAAGAUGGUGGCAGUUCAUGCUCACAGCAUGGUGGAGCUCCUGUCUAUGUUCCUCGAUGGGCUGAAGGAGCGCUCCGUCUAUGCCGUGGCUGUACAGGACUGCAGCAGACAAGAUGACGCGACAUUCCUGAGCUGUAAAAAGGGAGAUCUCAUCAACAUCAUCAAAGACGGACAGUACGCUCCUGAGGGAGGCUGGAUUAACGGGAGGAACGAUAGAACAGGACAAAGCGGAGCCGUUUCUACAGACACUAUUAUGAUCCUGCCGACCCUGAGUAGACCCUCGGAUGACAUACUGGCUCUAUUGGACCCAGAUCAGAAGAAGGCGGUGCUGACGGCUCCACCGAAGGAGGACAUGACCACAGAUAGAGUGGCUCAUAUGUCACUCAAAGAGUUCUCCUUUGAGUAUUUCAGAGAGCCGGCUAAUCAAGCAGGACGUCAUGGUAGACCCGGUGUGCGAGAGAAACUGUGGGUGCGAUCGAAAGAACCGAUGAAACAGCCGCUUAUGAAGAGUCUGCAGAAAAACUCUGAGCUCAGCCAGCUGGCCUGCAACACCUUCAUUGCUAUUCUCAAGUAUAUGGGUGACUAUCCCAUCAAAAUUGCAAGGAACCCCGUGGAGCUGACAGACCAGAUCUAUGGACCUGUGCUGCAGCACCCUGAACUCAGAGAUGAAGUUUACUGCCAGAUCAUGAAGCAGCUCACCAACAACAACAAUGGGUUUAGUAUGGAGCGAGGCUGGCAGCUGUUGUGGCUUUGUUGUGGACUUUUUCCCCCCAGUAAGGAUUUGCUAAAACACACCCAACGCUUCUUAGAGACCAGACCCAGAGAGCCGCUCUCAGCCGCCUGUCUGCAGCGACUACAGGGGAUGCUCAGAUUGGAAGCCAGAACAAUGGCCCCUCAUCAGGUGGAAGUGGACGCCAUCCAGCAAAACAGCUCCCAGAUCUUCCACAAAGUUCAUUUCCCUGAUAAUACAGAAGAUAUCUAUGAAGUCACCACCACUACGAGGAUCCGUGACCUGUGUCGCAAUAUCGCCAAUAAUCUCAUGCUGUCUUCUGCUGAUGGCUACAGUCUGUUUGUGAAAACCACAAACAAGGUCGUGAGCAUGAACGAGCAGCAGUACUUUUUCGACAACCUGAAGGAGCUCACAGACCCUCCCAAGAAAGGAAAAAAAGCCAAAGAAGCGAUUUCAACAACCGUUCCCUAUCUGGUGCUGUUCAUGAGGAAGCUCUGGUUUAACGUGAUUCCUGGGAAAGAUCUGAAGGCUGACCUCAUGUUCCAUUUUCCUCAGGAGUUGCCGAAGUAUCUGCGUGGUUAUCACAAUGUGGAGAAGGAGGACAUGAUCUCUCUGGCCGGACUCCUGUUCAGGGUGCAAGUGGACGCAGACCGAUCACAGUUCGUCAUGAUCCCCAGAAUGAUGAAAGAUCUCGUACCCGCUGAUCAGCACAAGCUCAUGUCCACUGAGGACUGGAAAAAGCACAUAAUCAGUGUGUACAAUAAGCAGGCGGGAAUCACAGUGGACGAGGCUAAAGUGCGCUUUCUGAAGGUCAUCGCUUCUUGGCCCACGUUCGGGUGUGCGUUCUUCGAAGUGAAGCAAACAUCUGACCGCUGCUAUCCCAGCAUCAUCAUGAUCUCCAUCAGCAAACAAGGAGUCAGCAUCAUCGACCCCAAAACCAAGGAGGUGCUGGUUAUGCACCCGUUCAGCAAAAUCACCAACUGGUCCAGCGGCAGCACCUACUUCCACCUGACCAUCGGCAGCCUGGUGAAGGGAAACACCCUGCUCUGUGAAACCUCUAUGGGACACAGAAUGGACGACUUGCUGAGCUCUUACGUGAACAUGUAUCACCAUGAGAGGACGCUGGUGAGACAAAGAAGCAAGCGUUUCUUUUAAUGAACACACACACACACACAUGCUAGCACACUAUAUGGGAGUUAGCGCUACAUCUUAUUUAAUAAAUUCUAUUUAAAAUUAUGACUAAGGUUAAAAGUCCUGGACUGUUCAUCAGAAUUGAACCCAAACGAAGCUUUACAUGUUAUUGAUGAUUAGAGUUCACUUUGUUUUGUUCGUGAUAUGAUGUUUGUUAUCAGUUUAAAUUCAAUUUUGUCCUCAAAGUUGUCGUGUUAUAUAAACCUUCCGAAAACAUCCCCGUGACUGCGUCCGAGUCUAAAAUAAAAGUCUGAUUAUUACGACGUACGGUGUUUGACUGUUUUCAGUAUAAAGUGUGGAUUAAAAUGUUAUAAGUUGUGAUGUAACGUGUCGUUUCUUCACCAGAGUAAUGAGAAUGUUUUGAUCCAGAUUCCUCUCUCACAUACCGAUCACAUUAACUCGACUGUACUGACACGUCAGGAAACAUAACAUAAAGCAUCACUGAUCAUGGGUAUGGAUGGAUAGAACAAAUGGAUGGAUGGAUCUGACCACCAGGCUGAUCCAUCUCUGUCUGUUUGGGAAUGGAUAGAUAGAUGGAUGGACAGAGGGAUGGAUGGAUGGAUGGAUGGAACAUAUGGAUGGAUAGAUCUGACCACCAGCCUGAUCCAUCUAUCUGUCUGGAAUGGAUGGAACAGAUAAAUGGAUGGCUGGUUGGAUAGAUGGGCAGAUCAAUGAAUGGAUGGAUGGAACAAAUGGAUGGACGGAUGGAUGGAUAGAUGGAAGGAAGGAAGGAUGGAUAGAUGGAAGGAAGGAUGGAUGGAUGGAUGGAAGGAA